AUGGGCUGCGGGGGCAGCCGGGCCGACGCUAUCGAGCCCCGCUACUACGAGAGCUGGACGCGGGAGACCGAGUCCACCUGGCUGACCAACACGGACUCCGAGAGCCCGCCGCAGGACGGCGGCAGCGCCGAGGGCCCCGGCCGGGAGCAGAGCGGCCCGCGCCCCGGUCUUCUGGAGGAUGGGAAAUUGGCUCACACAGGUGUAUCUACAGCAUCAGCCACAGCUGGAAUGCUGAACCCUGAGAAGAGGAGCAACUGUGGCUCUCAGUGUGCAAACCCCAUAGUUCACAGCAUUGGAACUGCAACACAGAGACAGAAUGGCUUCAGGACCACAGAGAGUAAAUGGGACACACAGAAAACGUCCACGCAAGAAGUCACCAUUAAUGUUACAAAAGGCAUCAGACAAAGUGAAAGAAGAAAAACAAAGAAUUGUGCCAAUUAA